AUGGUAAAACAGCUUUGCAUCGAGCUAACCAGAUACUUGGUUUCGCAUCCUAUCUACCGGAGCUUUCAACUAUUUGAAGUCAUUUCCUGUGUUAUCGCUCUAAUCGCUCACCCAGUGGUCUACUACAAGUUCCUUUCGUCCUCAGCUCUUCACAACAAUUUGAAGAGACUUAUUGGUCUCCUUUUUAUCGUGAACAUGAUAUAUGCUAUUUCAGUACUCACCACACUGAUAUAUCAAGCAGUACUGUGGCUGACGCAUCGUAAUCCAUGCGACUUAAUUCCUAAAAGAACUUUCUACAUUUACUACAAAAUUAUUGAGCUAUACACUUUGUUGUGCAUGCUUGUAUUACAAGUGCUGAUGAAUGUUGAACGGACCAUAGCCACAGCCUACGUCAAUUCCUACGAGUCAUGGAAAAAAUCUUCCGGGUUGAUCUACAUUUUUGCUGCGGUAUGA